AUGGAGUUUUUGAGACACCAGACUGACACACCCCUGCUGAAGCAUCUGCGCUGGGCAGAUUUCGCUGCCCGCAGCGCAGGCAGCUCCCGAGGGCGGCUCUGGCUCCUGCCCUGCACGAACCCACCCGUGGCUGGGAUAUUGCCCCCCACGCCGGACGACACAGCAGCCUGUGAUAUGCCUAGAAAGGAGCUGGGGAUGGCUGGCUGCAACUCUGGCAGCUGCGACAGCAUGGUCAGCACGGCCUCCAACCACUCGCAGUGUAGUGAUAACAGUUAUGACUACUUAUCUGUGGAAGAGAAAGAAUGUUUGAUGUUCUUAGAAGAAACCAUUGGCUCACUGGAUGCAGAAGCAGACAGCGGGGUCUCUACCGAUGAGACCGACUACGUGGAGCCCUCCAAGCUGCCCGGGAGGUGGCCGAAGAGAGACUCCAUCGCCCGGGAUUUGGAAAAUGGGGCUCCCCCUCUGAGUGUAGGUCAGGAGCGUGCGGCUGAACACAAGAAUGAUAAGAGAAUCUCUGCCUUCUCAAGCUCGGCUCCAGCAGCAGCUCCAAGCCCAGGCUAUUACAGUCUUCCAAGGAGAAUCACAGUAGCAAACGGAGCUUCUGACAGCAAAGCAACUGUCUGCAUAGUGGAGGACCCAGUGCCAGUAGAUAAAUCUUCACAGGAGAUAGCCAAAGAGGACAGGCUUGACCAACCCAACAUGAGAAGCCAGACAAAGUCCCUGGGGUCUUUGAUUAUCCAACCUCCAGAUCCCUUCCAGGAUGACCUGGUGAGCCACGAGUGGUCACGUAGCAAUCGAUCAGAUCCUGAGAGGGAAACAGCCAAGGAGACCAAGACUUGGACUUCAUGGGGCCAGCCAGAGAAAUCCACAUUGGAAGAGGCCUCUCAAGACCUCAAUGCCAAGCGCGGGCCUCCAACUGCCCCCAAACCACGAAAAUUGCCACCAAAUAUUAUCCUGAAAACCAGCAAAAUCAGCCCAGUGCCACUCGCUACGGAGCCCGGCCAGAAGGUGAAUUCAGGGCACCUCGACCCCAAGGAGAGGGAGAAAGCCCGGCGGGAGGCAUUGGAGAAGCUUGGACUGUCGCAGGACAGGAGAGAUCCCAGCACCCACCUUCAGCCUACCACGCACCCCCAACCAAGGGAGAUGCCAUUGCCCGUCUCUGGGGAGCCUGAGGCACGCUGUGGGGCAGCAGAGAGGUCGGCGCCGGGUAUCCGGCAGAUGACCUUCAAAUCCAACACCCUGGAGCGCUCCGGUGUGGGGCUGAGCAGCUACAUGGCCAAUGCCAAGGAGCAGAGCGUCAAGACCAGCAGCUCCUUGGGCAAGAUGUCCUUCAUCGAGCGGCUCCCCCCAAGCUUCCUCCGGAGCAGCCGCCCCCGGCCAGCAUCCCUCGGGGCCGGGAAGGACUUUGCUGGUCUGAAGGAGCCUGGGCAGGUGGAGCAGGAGAAGAGCAGCAAGCGGCGAUCCCACCCGCUGCAGAGCUUCCCCAGGCCAGCCCGCUCCUGUGUCAGCGUGAAGAUUUCCCCCAAGGGCACGACCGAUGAGAACCGGCGAGAGGCACUGAAGAAGCUCGGUCUGCUGAAGGAAUAG